CGCGUUGAGUCCGUUGCGUCGUCGUAUAUACGCGGUGAAAGAGUUCAUCUUUUGACGUUCUGUGGGUCUUGAAAGGUACAGUUUGUGUCCAGUCUUGUGUGUAAGGUCAUGGGAGACAGAAACGAAGUCCUCGCCAAUUUCCAAGCCCUGAGCAACAUAGAGGAUAUAGCGAUAUGUCUGGACAUCCUGGAAGCAAAGGGCUGGGAUCUCACGGCUGCAGUGAACAGUGUGCUCCCUGAGAAUAACUUUUCUCACUCUACUCCAGUUGUCCACCUACCACCACUACAGGCGCGAGGGGCAAGAGUAGUGGACCUGACUGGGAACGGCACCAGUAGCAGCAGCAGCAAUGGCUCCGUGUCCCAACCCCAUGUCGUGGAUCUGACUCGGGACCCUCUCCAUACAACACACACCCUCCCCAACAACCACCCUCACCCUCUCAUUCCUCGUUUCGACGUGGGUGUUGGCCCCGCCCACCCUGGUCCCGGGCCCAGCAUAACCCAUCGUUUCCCUCCCCACCUCGGCUCCCCGGUUCACUAUGGUCCUCCCGCACUACCCUACCUCCCUCCCUACGCUGAUGAUGACGAGGAAGGAACUGUGCAGUUAAUGGAGGCUGCACUCUCCAACCAAUCUCAGCAGGCCCCUGACCCCCCCAUUACAGUCAGCAGUAGCCCGGCCUCCAGUGCCUACGGAGAUGCCUGCGACCAUCCAAACAACACCGAGGGGGAGGACGAUGAGGAGGAGGAGGAGGAGGAGGAAGAUAUGAUGGAGGACACAGUAAUGGACACCCUCUCACUCGAUGGUGACUUCUCUCACGAUGAUUCCGCCCGGAAGGCCAUGAAAGAACCUCUCAUACCGGAGACCUGUGUGGAGGUGACGCAGGCUCUGCAGUUCUUCACCAGUAGGUUUGAGGGUCGCUACGGAGCCAUCCACCCUCUGUUCUUCAUCGGGGCUCUCAAGGAGGCAGUCCGCGAGGCCACCUCUGGAGUUGGGACUCACAAACCAAUGUUGGUAUAUCUUCAUCACGAUGCCAGCAUUCUGUCCAACAUCUUCUGCAGUAACCUGCUGUGCAGUGAAUCGGUGGUGAGCUACCUGACCAGUAACUACAUCACGUGGGCCUGGGAUCUCACCUCCCCCCGCCACAGAAAACAACUGCUGGAUAUGAUAGGAGAGUGUUUUGGGCAGAUGGCUAAGGCGAGAGUGAACGACAUCCAUUCAGACCAUCUUCCAGUCAUCCUUAUCGUCUCAAAGGUUCAGGGUUCGGUGGACGUUCGAAACAUAAUUCAAGGUGAGACCAAUCUAGAUGGACUGAUGACGUCGUUGAUUACAGCUGUGGAGGAACACAGCAUGCAGAUCGAGACUGAGAAGAGAGAAGAGAGGGAGAGAGUGGCCAGGGAGAUGAUGAUAGCGGAGCAGAACGCAGCGUACCAGGAGUCCCUGGCAGCCGACAGGGAGAAGCUGAAGAAGAAGGAGCAGCAGAGGUUACAGGAGGAGGAGGAGAGAGAAGAGAGAGAGGCCGUGAGACAGAGCAUGGAGAGUGUGGUGCCCGAUGAACCUGCGGCUGACACUGAGGACAAGAUCUCCACUCUCAGAAUCAGACUGCCCAAUGGCAGCACCGCACACAGACGAUUCCUCGCCAGCAACACCCUCCAGGACCUACUGAACUAUAUAGGGUCUAUGGACUUCUCGGUUGAUGAGCACAAGUUGCUUCGAUCAUACCCACGAACUGACUUGAAUUCGCUGUUACCUAAUCUCACUCUGGAAGAACUAGCUAUGUCUAGAAGACAGCGCAAGCCAAACACGGCCUUUAUGGCGGCCGCGGCGGGCUCCUCGGGCUCUACUGUCUCCGAGUCUAUCCUGAGACAAGCCAGGAAAUCCGGUCACCUCAACCUCUCCAGCAGGCAGCUGCAGGACAUCCCGCGGGCGGUGUGGCGUAUCAACAUCGACCCUCCUGCUGACGCGGGCCCAGUCUCAUUCGGGGGGUCGGUGGAGGAGAGAUGGUGGGAGCAGACUGACCUCACCAAACUAAUUCUGGCAGGGAACCUUCUCUCUUCUCUCUCGGAGGACAUCGAGUUCUUGUCUGCUCUGACUGUCCUUGACGCUCAUGACAAUCAGAUAGAGAAGUUGCCGGACUCGUUAGGAAAAUUGCAACACUUGAACAGACUCAUUCUAAGUCGGAACAGGAUCCCCUCUCUCCCUCCCUCUCUUUCCUCUCUCCCCCUCCUCACCAUCCUGAAACUGGACCACAAUAACCUCACUGCACUCCCCGAGACGUUCGGUCGCCUGGCAACACUCGAAGAACUCGACGUCUCUCACAACUCCCUCACCUCUCUCCCUGCCUCACUGGGUGACUUGACCUGUUUGCUCCGUCUUACCGGCUCCCACAACCAGCUUAACACGCUCCCAGUCACCAUGGGAACCAUGACUGCACUCAAGGAGUUGGUUCUGAACAACAACAAAUUGGAUUCCCUCCCACCGCUGUCCAGAGUGUCGAGUCUGCAGAUACUGACUCUUCAUUAUAACUCUCUGUCUCAGUUCCCAGCCAUUGGGGACGGACGGAGACUAAAGGAGCUUCAGCUAGGAGCCAAUAGACUAUCCAGAUUAGAUCCUGUCAGUCUCGUUUCUCUAACCGGUUUGGUCUACCUCGAUCUGCGGGAGAACAAGCUUGGCAGCAUACCAGUGGAGAUAACACAGCUGACAUCAUUGGAGAGACUGGACCUAUCGAACAAUGACCUCCUUGGAUUGCCAAAUGAGAUGGGGCACAUGCCACAGCUGAAAUCCCUACAUCUGGAUGGAAACCCUCUCAAGACCAUGAGGAGAGAUAUUUUACAGAGAGGAACGUUUGAAGUUCUAAAGUACAUGAGGGGAAGAAUUGAGACUCCACCAGAGCACCCAGCACAUAUUACCACCAAGCACACUCCCUCAAGAACCCCUCCUCCAUCGAGGGUGGCUCACCAAACGGCCGCCACGUCUGCUGGUGGUUCUGCCCCGUCUCCUGCCUCCGGUACACCAGACAGUGGCUCAGUGGUGGGAGUUAGCAUUGAUGUCACUCCUGACACCAGAACACUAGACCUCACCCAUGGAAACUUCACCCUCUUGCCUGACAGUCUGUUUGUGCACAGUCAGCUAACGGAGAUAGUUGCUGGUUACAACAGACUCACUGUCAUCCCACCCGCCAUUGGGAACCUCCUCAGACUCACUGUAUUGGACGUCAGGAACAACCAGUUGAAGACUCUGCCGUCAGAGCUGGCCCGGUGCGGCGAGUUGAGGGAUCUCAUCCUCUCCUUCAACAGGUUCUCAAAGAUUCCACCCGUCGUCUACCAGCUCAAGAAACUGGAGCACAUCAUCGCCGACGGCAACCAGAUAACAAGUAUAGACGUGGAGGGACUGAAGCAGCUGCCGAUGAUUCAGACUCUGGAUCUGCAGAACAACAGUUUGGCUCAGGUCCCGCCGCAACUGGGAACCAUCGCCACUCUAAAACAUCUACAGCUUGGAGGAAAUAUGUUCCGUAACCCUCGACCUGCAGUGCUGGCUCGAGGAACAGCCGAUCUCCUCCAGUACUUAAAAGACAGAAUACCAACCUGAGCAUGCACAGUUAUAUAUUCACCUUCAUGUCAUUAUUCUGUGUGGAUAGUUAGAUAUCCACAUAUUAUUAUUAUUGUGUAUAGUGGAGAAUAGGAAACUGGUUGUGAUGUCUUGUAGGAUAAAUUUUUCAUCAGUGAGUUUUAUCUCGUGUUGUAUUAUUGUUUUAAGCACCGUUGUUUGUGUGAGAUGUACAGCAGUGAAAUAUUAAUUUCAUGAGUGGCACUGAUGUGACAUAAUCAUGGACGUUGUGAUUCUGUGUGUGUGUAACUAAAAUUAUGAGAAGUUUGAACACAACACAAGAAGCCAAUGGGUAUGCCAUACAUAGAAAUAGUAAAGCUGCAAGUUGGCCUAUAUUUAUCAUAAUGUAUGGCCUGGGGCUAUUUUUUCAUGUAAACAACAUUGCUAAUAAACAAAGAAGUCAUAAAAACCGGAGAAAAACAUCGUCAGUGAGUGAAUUUGGUGAGGUAGAGAGAAGCAAAGACCAGGGCUCCAUCGUCAGUGAGUGAAGUUGGUGAGGUAGAGAGAAGCAAAAGACCAGGGCUCCAUCGUCAGUGAGUGAAGUUGGUGAGGUAGAGAGAAGCAAAAGACCAGGGCUCCAUCGUCAGUGAGUGAAGUUGGUGAGGUAGAGAGAAGCAGAAGACAAGGGCUCCAUCGUCAGUG